CCGCACCGGAAGCGGCGCGGCAGCCAUGUUGCGCGGCGGGCGGCCGGCGGCGCUGCUGCUACGGCGGGCGGCGAGCGGCGACGGCGCGGCGGGACACAGCCCGGCGCGGCCGCAGCCGCUGGAGCCGUCGCUGCUGCGCUUCCUGGUGUGCCCGCUCUCCAAGCGGCCGCUGAGGUACGAGGAGUCCACUAACGAGCUCAUUAACGAGGAGCUGGGCAUCGCCUACCCCGUCGUCGACGGCAUCCCCACCAUGAUCCCGGAGGCAGCGAGGAAAACCCGGGCCGAGCCCAAGGCCAGGCCGGUGGCCGAGGGCAUGGAGCAGCCCUGAGGGCCAGCGGGGCAACAUGCUUCCCUCACUGCCCACCCUCACCGUGCUCGUUCCCCUCCUCUCCCUGGCAGGCCUCUUCUACUCGGCCAGCGUGGAUGAGACCUUCCCGCAAGGCUGCGCCAGCACCAGCAGCCUGUGC